AUUUUAACCUAAACAGUAGACUAAAAACUACCUUAAAGAAGAAAUCCAUAACGAGAUUUGCCUUUUCCUCUCUUUCAACUGCUCUCAAAAUAUAUAGAUACACUAUAGACACACUGGAAGAUGCAAUUCGAUUACGAGCUGGAAUAAGAUUGAGAGCCCUAAGGAUUCUUUUCUCGGAAGUUUGAAGCCCUAGAGUUCGCGGGUAUUCAAUUUGCUUGAAUUCUAGUUCACUGUGAACUGAAUUUUGAUUUUGCCAAUUUAUCUUGUAUGUUUGUUCCUGCAGCUUUUGCUUUAUUGAUUGUUUAUGUAGCUCAUAUUAUGUAGUUUUUAACUGAGGUGAGAUAAGUUGAGAAGAAAUUAUGGGAGGGAGGACUAGGAAAGUGGAGAAAGGGGUUUUAGGUGGAGGGAGUGGAGGUUUAUUGGGCGGGAGUGACUGUGAGUCGUUAAAUGUGCCGUCUGGUCCGGUGUUUUAUCCGAGUGAGGAGGAAUUUAAGGACCCUUUGAAGUAUAUAUACAAGAUCAGGCCGGAAGCUGAGCCAUAUGGGAUUUGUAAGAUUGUUCCACCGGUGAGUUGGAAACCCCCGUUUGCGCUGGACAUGGAGUCGUUCACGUUUGGGACGAAAACACAGGCCAUUCACCAAUUGCAGGCGCGGUGUGCUCCUUGUGAUCCCAAGACUUUUAGGUUAGAGUACAAUCGGUUCUUGGAGGAGCAUUGUGGGAAGAAGGCGAGGAAGAGAAUUGUGUUUGAGGGGCAAGAUUUGGAUUUGUGCAAGUUGUUUAAUGCGGUGAAAAGAUACGGAGGAUAUGACAAUGUUGCAAAGAUGAAGAAGUGGGGGGAUGUUUUCCGGUUCAUUCGACCAGGAGCGAAGAUUUCAGCAUGUUCAAAGCAUGUCUUAGCUCAAUUGUAUUUGGAGCAUUUGAUUGAAUAUGAAGAGUACUUUUGUCAGUUGAAUAAAGGAAAAGUUAAGAGUUGCAAGCGCGGUAUUAAUGGCUCGAAGAAAUGUGAACUAGGGGUUGAGACUUCAGGUAUCAAGAGAAGACGGAAAAACAAAGAGGGCGAUAGGGUUGAAAUACAUAAAGUAGAGGACAAAGAGCUCGAUCAGAUAUGUGAACAGUGUAAAAGUGGAUUUCAUGGUGAUGUCAUGUUGUUGUGUGACAGGUGUGACAAGGGUUGGCAUACAUAUUGCUUAUCUCCACCCUUGAUGACAAUUCCACCAGGAAAUUGGUAUUGCUUAGAGUGUUUGAAUUCGGAGAAGGAUAGUUUUGGUUUUGUUCCAGGCAAACAAUUUUCAAUUGAAGCCUUCAGGCGCGUGGCUGACCGUGUCAAGAAGAAGUGGUUUGGUUCAGCAGCUACUUCAUGGGUUCAAGUGGAAAAGAAGUUCUGGGAAAUUGUGGAGGGUUCAGCUGGAGAGGUGGAAGUAAUGUAUGGCAGUGAUUUGGAUACUUCUGCAUAUGGGAGUGGCUUUCCUCGCCAAAUUGAUCAAAGACCUCCUUCAGUGGACAUUGAUGUUUGGAAUGAGUAUUGUGGUAGCCCGUGGAACCUAAAUAACCUACCUAGAUUACAAGGCUCAAUGCUUCGGACUGUGCACCAGAACAUUGCUGGGGUUAUGGUGCCAUGGCUUUAUCUUGGAAUGGUUUUCUCUGCAUUUUGCUGGCACUUUGAGGACCAUUGCUUUUACUCGAUGAAUUAUCACCACUGGGGAGAGCCAAAAUGUUGGUACAGUGUCCCUGGUAACGAGACCCAUGCUUUUGAAAAGGUAAUGCGGGAUAGUCUGCCCGAUCUGUUUGAAGCACAACCAGACUUGUUGUUUCAGCUUGUCACAAUGCUGAAUCCUUCUGUUCUGAAAGAAAAAGGAGUUCCAGUGUACAGUAUUAUUCAGGAGCCUGGGAACUUUGUCAUCACUUUUCCCCGAUCUUAUCAUGGAGGUUUCAACUUGGGCUUGAAUUGUGCUGAGGCUGUCAAUUUUGCUCCUGCUGAUUGGUUACCUCACGGUGGUUUCGGAGCUGAGCUUUACCGGCAAUAUCACAGAGUACCUGUUUUAUCACAUGAGGAACUCCUGUGUGUUGUGGCAAAGAGUGAAUUUGAUAGUGAAGUAUCCCCUUACUUGAAAGAGGAGUUACUUAGGAUAUACAACAAUGAGAGAACUUGGAGGGAGCGGCUUUGGAGAAAUGGCAUAAUUAGAUCUUCUCGGAUGACACCUCGAGCGCAGCCUGAUUAUGUUGGUACAGAGGAGGAUCCAAUGUGCAUCAUUUGCCAGCAACUAUUGUAUCUCUCUGCUGUUUCUUGCAACUGUAGACCAUCCACAUAUGUUUGCCUAGAGCACUGGGAGCACCUCUGUGAAUGCAAGCCAAAUAAACUUCGUCUUCAAUACCGCCAUACUCUGGCGGAACUGACUGGUUUGCUGCACGAGGCUGAUAAAUUUUAUUUGGUGGAAGCAGCUGACGAUUCACAUUCACAAAGGACUACGAGCUCAGAAAAACAAGUAGUAUUAACAAAAAAGGUCAAGGGUGGUCAUGUCACACAUUUGCAACUUGCUGAAGAGUGGAUUCUGAAAUCAUGUAAGAUACUUGAGCAUCCGUACUCCAGCCAAGCUUAUGUCAGUGCUAUAGAAGAAGCUGAGCAAUUUCUUUGGGCGGGUUCUGAGAUGGAUCUUGUGCGGGAAAUGCAUACCAGCUUGAUUGAAGCACGAAAGUGGGCAAAAUCUGUGAGAAAUUGUGUUUCUAAGUUAAAGAUGUGGUCCAAUAAAUCUGACUCAGAGAGAAUUCCGAUGAAUUGUGUCAAUGAGUUGCUCAAAUUUAGUACCCCACCUUGUAAUGAACCUAGACAUAUUCAGUUAAAGGAAUACAAAGAAGAAGCCGAUAUACUGAUUCAGGAAAUUAAUUCUGCCCUCGCAUUGUGGUCAGAAUUUUCUUUGGAUGAUUUGGAGAUCUUAUAUACGAAGGCUGUUGACCUGCCAAUCCACAUAAAGGAAACCGAGCAACUAAAUCUCAAGCUUUCUGCUCUGAAGGUUUGGGUGGACAAUGUGAGAAAUUGUCUCUCUCAGAAAGCCCCUUCCUCAGUUGAGGUAGAUAUGCUAUACAAGCUGCAGGCAGAGAUAUUGGAGAAACAAAUUCAGCUUCCUGAAGCAGAUAGGCUCAAUGAUUUGAUAAGGCAAGUCGAAUCUUGUCGGUCUCGGUGUGUUCAGAUUUUGAAAGAUUUGGAUUCGCUGAAGGAAAUCGAACAAUUUCUUGGUGAAUGGGAGGAUUUUACUGUUAAUGUUCCAGAGCUAGGACUCCUGAGAAAAUAUUAUAGUGAUACCAUAUCUUGGAUGUCACGUUUUGAUCUUGUUCUUUUGAAUGUUCAAGAACGGGAGGAUCAAGGAAAACUAGUCAAUGAGUUAACAUGCAUCCAGCAGGAUGCAUUGUUGCUUAAAAUCCGAGUGGAUGAGUUGCCUCGUAUUGAACUCGAACUUAACAAAGCACGGUCCCGUGUUAAAGCGUUUGAGGUACUUCAUGGUAAAAUGUCCAUGGUCUUCGUUCAGCAACUUAUGUCGGAGGCAAUCCUACUGCAGAUUGAGAAAGAGAAGCUCUUUGUUGAUAUAUCCCAAAGACACGCUGGUGCUGUCCUCUGGGAAAAAAAAGCACAAGAACUUCUUGCUACCAAGGCACCUAUGUCUGAGUUUGAGGAUAUAUUGAGGGCAUCCGAGGAGAUUGGCAUUAUCCCACCAUCUCUUCCUGAAGUCAAGCUUGCAGUGUCAACAGCUAAGCAGUGGUUAUCGAAGUGCAAACCAUUCCUAUUUCAGGGCUCAUCCAGUUUUCCAGUCUCAGAUUCUUGUCACCAAGUUGGCAAAUUGAAGGAAUUGGUGUUGGAAUCUGAAGACUUGAAGGUACACCUUGAAGAACGUUCACUGCUCGAAAGAGUUUUGAAGAAGGCUAUUGAGUGGGAACAGGAGGCCAGCUCUUUAUUACAAGAUGUAGAGGACUUAUGGCUUGUCAACAUUGUUGGUGAAGGCGCUGCCAACUCUCUUAAACCCAGACUUGAACAUCAUGCUCUUUCUAUUGAGACUGCUGUUGCAGCUGGUGUUUCCCUUGGUCUUAAGCUUAACAUGGUUCCUAAACUGCAAGAUGCUUGUUCUAUGCUCAAGUGGUGCAUUCAUCUCAUCUCAUUUUCCUCUCUUGUUCCUACACACAAGGAAGUUGAGAUGAUGUUGGAGGAUGCUGACAACCUUCCUGGAACAUAUAAAUCCUGCGCUUUAUGGACUUCAUUGUUUGAUGGCUUACAAUGGCUGAGGAAGUCUAUUGACAUUCUCGACCCUAACAAUCAUGGGCAAUUUGAAGUCAGCAGUGUUGACAGACAUAUUCUUUUAGCUGAGAAUUUGUACGUGCCAUUUCCAUUGGUUAUUGGUCGCCUGCAGGAUGCAGUUCAGAAUCACAAUUUGUGGUUGGAGCAAGUGCACCUAUUUCUUGGACUCAGCCUUGGAGAUCGCUCAUGGAAUUCAUUGCUGCAGCUCAAAGAACAUGGAACUCUCAACGCAUUCAGUUGUGUGGAACUACAGAAGGUCCUGUUUGAAUUUGAAAAAGUUAAAAAAUGGAAAGAGCAAUGUGCUGAGCUAGUUAAGCAUUCAUCUGGAAAGGAAAAUUCACUACUUAAUGCUCUUACAAAGUUAAAGGAGGCUCUUGAGAGGUCUCUUGAAGUAUUUAAUUAUCACGAGACUGGAGAAUCAAGAUAUUUGUGCUUAUGCUGCGCCAGUGCUAUUGAGGAUCCUGACCUUUUGACCUGUUCUGUUUGCAACGACAGUUUUCACUCGCAUUGUACAGAGACAUUGUUGGAGGAUGCCGUGUUGUUUGUUUGCCAAUACUGCGACUUUGUGAAUAGAGCCAAACUUCCUCGUGGUGGAUGUAGUGCCCUGAGAUCUGGAAAGAAGCCUGUUGCAUUGGAUGAGCUCAAAGUUCUUCUCUCUGAUGCCAAUGAUCUUUGUCUGCGGACGGAAGAGUGGAAGAUAUUGGACCAAAUCGUUGUGAAUGCGCAUGAUUCCAUUGCAUGCGUGAUGGAACUCGUGAAUUUCGCAUUAUCCUACACCAACCCAAAUCUCGAUGUGGUCAAACAAAAGUUGUGUUUUGCUUUGAAGUUUCUGCAGGCAAUAAGUGUUUCAGGCAUUUGUGAUGAUGAGGCGGAUCUCAAGUUUGAGUUGGCAUUGGCUAGAAAUUCAUGGAAAAUCAGAGCAGAUAAACUUUUACAAAGUUCAGAAAAGCCCGCGCUCCAACAGAUCCAGCAUCAUCUGCAUGAAGGAUUGGUUAUGAAGAUCCCUCCCGAAGAUUACUUCACUCUGAGAUUAACAGAAAUGAAGGACAUGGGGUUGCAAUGGGCAGAUACAGCCAAGCAGGUCUCGGUGGAUGGUGGGGUACUUGGAUUGGAUAGAGUGUUUGCACUUAUUUACGAGGGUGAAUGCUUGCCGGUAUCCUGUGAAAAGGAACUGAAGUUACUGAGGGAUCGGAGCAUGCUUUACUGCAUUUGUCGGAGACCAUAUGGCCAGAGAGCUAUGAUCGCUUGUGAUAAAUGUGAUGAGUGGUAUCACUUUGAUUGCGUUAAAAUAUCUUUAGCGCCAAAGGUUUACAUAUGUCCAGCAUGCAAUUCUUGCCCGGAUGGAGAUAUGCCUCCAUCAGCCCUAACUGCACACGACAGGUGUAGCGCUGAAGAGCCUCAUACACCGUUGAGGCGGUCGGAACUGAGGAGGAACUCAUCGAAGAAGGUAGCGGCGGAGGUGGAGAUGAAUAUUAAGCAGAGGGAUUUUAGCAAUUUUGAGAGAUUGUUGUGGAGGCAGAGAAAACCUUUUAGAAGGGCAGCUCGAAAACGUUCUCAACUUCAGACUUUAUCUCCCUUUUUCUACGUACAAGAUAACUGAUUAUUGUAGUUUUAGACACAUGCUAUUCAUCAAUUUAUUCAAUUGAUUUUUUUCCCCCCA